AUGGCGGAGCCGGAGGCCGCGCAACCGGGGCGGCCCCCGCCGGGCCCGGGUCCCGGAACGGGAACGGCAGCGGCGACGGGAAGCGGGAUGGUAACGGGAGGAGGAGGAGGCGGAGGAACGGGGUCCAGUGACCCGGCUCGGCCCGGGUUAAGUCAACAGCAACGAGCGAGUCAACGCAAAGCGCAGGUGCGGGGGUUCCCCCGCGGGAAGAAGCUGGAGAAGCUGGGGGUGUUCUCGGCUUGCAAGGCCAAUGAUGCCUGCAAGUGCAACGGCUGGAAGAACCCCAACCCCCCCACUGCUCCCCGCAUGGACCUGCAGCAGCCAGUGACCAACCUGAGCGAGCCCUGCCGCAGCUGCAGCCAUGCGCUGGCAGACCAUGUGUCCCACCUGGAGAACGUCUCUGAGGAGGAGAUCAACAGACUGCUGGGCAUGGUAGUGGACGUGGAGAACCUCUUCAUGUCGGUGCACAAGGAGGAGGACACAGACACCAAGCAGGUCUACUUCUACAUGUUUAAGCUGCUGCGGAAGUGCAUCCUGCAGAUGAGCCAACCGGUGGUCGAGGGGUCCCUGGGUAGCCCACCCUUUGAGAAGCCAAACAUCGAGCAGGGUGUGCUGAACUUCGUGCAGUACAAGUUCAGCCACUUGCCACCCAAGGAGCGCCAGACCAUGUAUGAGCUCUCCAAGAUGUUCCUGCUCUGCCUCAACUACUGGAAGCUGGAGACGCCGUCCCAGUUCCGGCAGCGCUCGCAGAAUGAUGAUGUGGCCACCUAUAAGGUCAACUACACCAGGUGGCUUUGCUACUGCCAUGUGCCCCAGAGCUGUGACAGCCUUCCUCGCUACGAGACAACCCACGUCUUCGGGCGCAGCCUCCUCAAGUCCAUCUUCACCGUCACUCGCCGGCAGCUGCUGGAGAAGUUCCGAGUGGAGAAGGACAAACUGGUGCCAGAGAAGCGGACGCUGAUCCUCACCCACUUCCCCAAAUUCCUGUCCAUGCUGGAGGAGGAGAUCUACGGCGAGAACUCUCCCAUCUGGGAAGCUGAUUUCACCGUGCCGGCUGCGGAGGGAGCCCAGCUGGUGUCCCGUCCAGCUGUGGUCAGCACCGUGACUGUGCCCAGCACUCCGCUCUUCAGCAAGAAACUCAGCAGUGGCAGUUCUGUGGCCAGCAUGGACUCUAUCACCCCGGAGCCCCUACCAGGGGAGAAGAGGAAACUUCCCGAGAGCCUGACCCUAGAAGAUGCCAAACGGAUCCGCGUCAUGGGAGACAUCCCCAUGGAGCUGGUGAACGAGGUCAUGCUGACCAUCACAGACCCUGCUGCCAUGCUGGGCCCUGAGACUAGCCUGCUGUCAGCCAAUGCAGCGCGGGAUGAGACAGCGCGGCUGGAGGAGCGCCGCGGCAUCAUCGAGUUCCACGUCAUCGGCAACUCCCUCUCCCAGAAGUCCAAUAAGAAGAUCCUGAUGUGGCUGGUGGGGCUGCAGAAUGUCUUCUCGCACCAGCUGCCACGCAUGCCCAAGGAGUACAUCACUCGCCUCGUCUUCGACCCGAAGCACAAGACCCUGGCGCUGAUUAAGGAUGGCCGUGUGAUCGGAGGGAUCUGCUUCCGCAUGUUCCCCACCCAGGGCUUCACUGAAAUCGUCUUCUGCGCAGUCACCUCCAACGAGCAAGUGAAGGGCUAUGGCACACACCUGAUGAACCACCUGAAGGAGUACCACAUCAAGCACAACAUCCUCUACUUCCUCACCUACGCCGAUGAGUACGCCAUUGGCUACUUCAAGAAGCAGGGCUUUUCCAAGGACAUCAAGGUGCCCAAGAGCCGCUACCUGGGCUACAUCAAGGACUAUGAGGGGGCGACCCUGAUGGAGUGUGAGCUGAACCCCCGCAUCCCCUACACUGAGCUCUCCCACAUCAUCAAGAAGCAGAAGGAGAUCAUCAAGAAGCUGAUUGAGAGGAAGCAGGCACAGAUCCGCAAGGUCUACCCUGGCCUGACCUGCUUCAAAGAGGGCGUGCGGCAGAUCCCCAUCGAGAGUGUCCCUGGCAUCCGAGAAACAGGAUGGAAGCCCCUGGGGAAGGAGAAGGGCAAGGAGCUAAAGGAUCCAGACCAGCUCUACAACACCUUGAAGAACCUCCUGGCCCAGAUCAAGACCCACCCUAGUGCCUGGCCCUUCAUGGAGCCGGUGAAGAAGUCGGAGGCCCCGGACUACUACGAGAUCAUUCGGUUCCCCAUCGACCUGAAGACCAUGACGGAGCGGCUCAAGAACCGCUACUACGUCACCAAGAAGCUCUUCAUCGCUGACUUGCAGCGCAUCAUCACCAACUGCCGCGAGUACAACCCCCCUGACAGUGACUACUGCAAGUGUGCCAACACCCUGGAGAAGUUCUUCUACUUCAAGCUGAAGGAGGGGGGGCUCAUUGACAAGUAG